AUCUAUCUUUUGAAUUUUUACCCUAUUCCCUAAAUAUCAAACAAUUCAGCGAGUAGAAAGAUCAAGGGUAUAUCUUGUAUGAAUAAAAAAAAUUCGUCCAAGGGCUAUAUAUAUUCUUAGGUAUUUUUAUUAUUAAUAAUGAGUGAUUAUUUUGCUGUUGGUAACGCUGCUUCAGUCAAUUUGGAUCAUAAUAAAUAUUUUAGCGCCUUUCUUUCUAACCUUUAUCAUUCGUGUAAUUUGAUAAAAUAUAAAUGAUAUUCGUAUUAAUUUUCCGCUAUGUUAUGCUCAGUGCAGUGAAAUAAGUUUUUCGUAUUGAUUGAAAGUUAGUAUUAUAUUCAAUUAAAAUGACAACAGUAACCAUAAGAGGAGUCCCCGUUUCGUUUCCUUUUGAACCCUAUGCCAUUCAAACGGAAUAUAUGGAAAAAGUCUUAGAGUGUCUACAAAAUGAAACUAAUGGUGUACUUGAAUCUCCGACGGGAACAGGAAAAACAUUGUCUUUACUAUGUUCGACUUUAGCAUGGCUAGAAUUGAAAAAAAUUCAAAUCAAAGCACAAAGGACAGUAACAAACAAUGAUAAUGAUUUUUUAGCCACUAUAAAUAAUAAAUUAAAUGAUGCCGUGGGUAAACAAGUUAAUUCACGUACUUUGUCUGGUAUACCUGUGGUGAUUUAUGCUAGUCGAACACAUACCCAAUUAACACAAGCUAUGAAAGAAAUGAAAAGAACAGCAUAUGGACACAUGAAAGCAGUUGUAUUAGGAUCAAGAGAUCAAUUGUGUAUUCAUCCUGAAAUUGAAAAAGAAAAUAACCGGAAUUUCAAGGUGAUGAUGUGUCGAUUGAAAGUAAAAACUAGAUCUUGUAAAUUUUACAAUAAAGUGGAACAAAAUAAGCUCAAUUCUAAUGUGUCUAGAAUUAAUAUAAUGGACAUUGAAGAUCUCGUCAAAAUUGGAAAAUGCAAUGGCUUUUGUCCAUUUUAUAUGGCAAAAGAGCUUAAGGAAGAUUCUGAUGUAAUUUUCAUGCCUUACAAUUAUUUAUUGGAUCCAUCGAUAAGAAAAACUUUGGGAAUUGACUUAACCAAUACAGUAGUUAUAUUAGAUGAAGCACACAAUGUAGAAAGAAUCUGCGAAGAGUCUGCUUCCCUACAGAUAAAAUCGUCAGACGUCGCUUUAGCUAUAGAAGAGGUAACAGCCAUUAUGAAAAUGUUGUCAAUGGAAACUAUACAAUUUGAGGAUACACCUAAAGAUUUUGAUGCUAACGAUUUAUGCAAUUUGAAAGAAACAUUUUUGAAUUUCGAAAAAGAGAUAGAUGCAAUUGAUUUAAAAAGUGGAUUAAGUGAAGGGUUAACACUGGAUGGAACUUUUCUAUUUGAAUUACUUGAAAAAGCUGGAAUUCGAAACGACAAUUAUUUCAUGGUACAAAGGUUAAUUUCUCAAGUUGUUCAAUUCUUGGCUACCCUUAAUGAGGGUCCUUUUGCAAGAAGAGGAAAUGGCUUACAAAUUUUUGAAGAGAUGUUGACUGUUGUUUUUUCGGAUAUUUCUCAUGAUUUCAGACAGAAAGUCAAAAAGUGUUACAAGGUUUUCAUACAAGAGGAACAGGUCAAGAAGAAAUCUCCAGAUAAUUGGCUGUCAAAAAUGGUAUCUACAAAGGCAGGUGGGAAAAUAUUGAAUUAUUGGUGUUUCAGUCCCGGAUUUGGAAUGAAUAUGCUAGUGAGAUCUGGCUUAAGAACUUUAAUAUUAACGAGUGGUACUUUAGCGCCAUUAAAUCCUCUGAUAUCAGAAUUGGAACUGAAUGUGACAGUCAGACUAGAAAAUCCUCAUAUAAUAUCAGAUGAUCAAUUUUGUGUUAAAAUUAUACCAACCGGUCCAGAUUCCAUACCUUUAAAUAGCAGCUUUCAAAAUAGGGAUAAUCCCAGGUACAUAAAUUCAUUGGGUAUGGCAAUAUUAAACAUCAGUCGAAUGGUACCAGACGGCAUGUUAAUAUUUUUUCCUUCGUACCCUACCAUGUUAAAAUGUCAACAGAUAUGGCAAGAAAGUGGAAUUUGGAGUAGUUUAAAUAAUCAAAAAGCAAUUUUUGUGGAACCUAGGGAAAAGAAUUCAUUUAACAGCGCUAUGUCUGAAUAUUAUUCAAAGAUAAAAGAUCCAACUAAUAAAGGAGCUAUUUUCAUAGGGGUUUGUAGAGGAAAAGUAUCGGAAGGUCUGGAUUUUGUGGAUGCAAAUGGAAGAGCUGUUUUAAUAACUGGAUUGCCAUACCCGCCAUUCAAAGAUCCGAAAGUUGUGUUGAAAAAAGAGUAUUUAAAUAGAUGUAACAUAGAAGAUAAAGCAUUUUUAAAAGGACAAGAUUGGUAUAACCUAGAAGCAACUCGUGCUGUAAAUCAAGCGAUCGGACGAGUAAUACGUCAUAAAGAUGAUUAUGGUGCCAUAUUAUUGCUUGAUUCUCGUUUUAAUAAUCCCGUUCUCAAAAAUCAUAUGUCGUUGUGGAUAAGAAAUAGCAUAAAAGUAUCAAGAAAUUUUGGAGAGCUUAUGAAAGAUUUGAGAUCAUUUUUCAAAACAGCUGAUGCUAAGUAUAAGUGCGUAUUGGAAGAAAAAUCUUUGACACCACUUUCAGCUGAAUUUGGUGGACCUUCUAGUUAUAAAAUUAAUGAAGAUACUUCAAAUGCAGGAGAAGUUAUUAUUCAUAGUAAAAAGACAAAAGAAUUGACAGGAAAUCCUUCAAAAAAAAUUAAGCUGUCAGUUGUGCCUAACUCUUCAAAGGAAUCAAAAUCAUCAAACCAAAGUGAUUUGACAAAAGAUUAUAUAGUUAUGGUUAGGAAACGUUUAGAUGAUUCUUCCUUUAAGGAUUUUGUCGAAGCUAUAAAGAACUACAAGGCUUGUGACAGUAUAAGUUCAUUAAUUAGUCAGUUAGAUAAUGUAUUUAAGAAUAAAAGUCAUUUGAAAUACCUCAUUCCUGGUUUAGAAUCAUAUAUAAAGACUGAUCAUAAGUUAGAUUUCAGUAAAUAUUGUCAAGAUAACGGUUUACUUGAUGUUUGAGAUAAUUGUACUGAUUUUAUAUAUAAUGGAACUUUUAAUUACAAGAUAUUUUUUAUGUAUAAAUACUUUUAUGAGUGGAUGCAGUUUAGAAAAUAGCCAUUUUGAAUAAUAUAUACAUGAUGGUUCAGAAUUAUUUAUAUUAUUUUCUAGAGCUGAUAAUACUUUCAAAAAAAUGGCACUUUGCAUAUUUUUUUUAAAUUUGAAUAAAAGAAAUAUGUAUUCAUAAGUUCAUAACUUUUUGAAUGAACUUUAUAAAUCAUAUUUUCAAACGUAGCCUUCUUUGAAAUCUCUUCAUUCUGUCCAACUUUUCUUCCCAUUUUUCAUUUUUUCUUAAAAAUGAGAUUUUUUGAGGUUAUCAAAAUAAGUAUUUAUUCGUGAGAAAUAAACACUAAGUGCUAUAUCUGAAAUUGGGGAAUCUGCCUAAUUUAUAGAUUUUGGCAUGGAAAUUUCACAUGUCUAGUCCAAAAAACAUUGAUUUAGUUACUUGACAUAAUAUUCUCUAUUGAUUCUUUUACUCUUGGAAAAUAGUCAAUGUUGAUUAUACAGGUUUCCCAAAAAAAACAGUCUCAAUCACUUUAGCGACUGACAAACCUACGUUGGCCAAUUCAAUUUAUUUUUGGACUUACUAGCAGGUCUUUAAUACAAAGUACAUGUCUCGACCGCAUUGUUUAUACAAGGUGUGAUAAAAAUACGGUGAAACGGAAGUAAAAAAUUAACAAACACUACUUAAUCUUGAAAAUACUGCUCUUGGUUAGCAAUGCACUUAAUCUGAAUUUGAAUCCAUGACCAAAACAUUUCUGGGAGGCUUGUUUCUCUCCCUUUAAUCUAUUUUUGAUUUCCGGGAAGAGCAAAAGUCGCAUACGAGGCGGUACCCAAAAGUAAUCGAAAUAUCAUUGCCAUGGGUGGAGCUUUUGUAGUACUGAUUUCUGCCGCUAGGACCUGCCUAGCACAAUUCAUCCCCAGUUCAGUGCCGCGCGGGCCGUUGGUCUGCCACGUUCUAUUCGUCACUAGUGACCGUUUUUGCUAGUACUGUUUCACUGCUGCUUCGUUUUUUUAUGAUGGCAAGUUUAAAUGAACAACGUGCCGCUGUAAAAUGUUUGUUUCCUACUUGGUAAAAACGCUGCUGAAACUGUUUUAAUGUUGAAAACUGCUUACAAAGAUGAUGAGAUGGGGAAAACUCAAGUGUAUGAGUGGUUUUCUCGAUUUAAAAAUGGCGACAUGUCGAUUGAUAACAAAACUCGCUCUGGACGUUCAUCAACUGUCCGGAUCGAUGAAAAUGUUGAAAGAAUUCGAAUUCUUCCACGCAUGAAAAGGGGCAUUAAAGGACGGCGAUUUGAAAACAUUGAAGACAUCAAGAAAAGAACGAGACAGGAGCUUGUAGACAUCUCUAAAAAUGAGUUGAAACAAUGUUUCGAACAGUGGAAUUACCUCGGAGACAAAUGUAUCAUUUGCAGUGGAGAGUAUUUUGAAGGAGAUGAGGUUGUUUUGUCUACUUUUUGUACAUUAUCAACUGUGUUUAGUUAAGGGACGAAUUCCCACCUCUAUACUACUUGUUAACAGUAUUCCAAGAUACUAUAUUAUCAUUAAAUAGAUUUUAACAUUUAGUUUCUUUCACACUCUUUUCACUUUAUAAAAAAAUGUUCAAAAUUAAUGUCCAAACAUAUCAAUAAAACGGCUAUAAUAGCAGUCUAACGAGCUGAAACCUUUUCAAACUUGUCACUGUUUGGUUCAAUAUGAUUGAAGUAGAUGCACCAUAAUUGCUGGUAUAAAAAUUUCUUUCGCCGUAUUUUUAUCACUCGUUCAUCCAUAUUGACUUAAAACUUAUUAUGCCAUUUUUAUUGUGUUAUUUUUGAUCAUAUCAAAGCAGUAUAUAUUUUUAUUAAAAAUAAUUUAUUUGGUAUCGUUUACAUUUACAAGAUAAAUAAAAAAAUUAUUCAAUAGAUUCAAAAAUUUUAUCUAAAUUGUAUCUUCCUGGUAGCUUAAUAACUUGAUAUGAUUUGAAUCGUAUGUUAAUGGUAAUUGUUUAACCCUUCAACGGCUAGAGUAAUUUUUGUUUGCAAAACAAAUAAAAACAGUAUGAUUAUAUAAAAAUUUUUAACAUUUUCUUCAUUACCCUUUUGACAGUUGAAUGAAAAACUACAUAUAUAGUUCAAAUGAUUACUUUAUACAUUAUGAAAUUUGAUUUAUUUGAGAUAAAAUACCAAUAAAAUAUAA